CCCUGGGGAGGAGCUGGAGCGCAUCGGCCAGAGGAGGCCCGGGCCGGGCCCCAGCUCCCACCGCCGAGCAUCUCCGCCGCCCACCGACCCGGGCUGGCCCGGGGUCCCCUCACCUCUGCUUCCCCGCGUCCUUGCUCCCCGAGAGGCGCCGGAGACUGGAAGUCAUGUGUACUCUGAGUCACGUGAGAGCUGGCGUCACGUGUCGGCCUUCCUCAGGUCCCCUUUUUGGUCUCUUAGGGCCCCAAGGGAGGGAGCGGUCAAUUGUCGGGUCAAGGUCCGCGGGCCUCGCAGGUCACAGUCCGGGCGCCUGCAGUCAGAUGAUCCGGGUGUGGACCGCCCGGUUUCCCAACCCCUGGGGAUCACGGUUCUAGGCGGGAUGCCUGAGCAAGCGGCGCUAGGACCCCCGAGUGGCGCCUCUGGGAGGGGAGUCAGGGGGAAAUGCCUUACAUGGUUCCCCGGCUGUCACCAUCUCAGCCUGCGGCCCAAAAUAGCCCCGGGCGCCGUCUGUCCCGCCUGGUGGCCGGGAGAUGGCUGCUGCUUCCGACCCUGUGGAGUUGGGUGCCUCCUGGGGCCCCGCGCGCCCUGAGCCCCUUCCCACCCGCUUCCACCGGGUGCAUGGCGCUAACAUCCGCGUGGACCCCUCGGGGACGCGGGCCACCCGCGUGGAGAGCUUCGCCCAUGGUGUGUGCUUCAGUCACGAGCCACUGGCCCCGGGCCAGGUAUUCCUGGUGGAGAUCGAGGAGAAGGAGCUGGGCUGGUGCGGCCAUCUGCGCCUCGGCCUGACUGCGCUGGACCCCGCCGGUCUGGCCGCUGUGCCGGAAUUUUCGCUGCCGGACCUGGUCAACCUCGGCCACACCUGGGUCUUCGCCAUCACGCGCCACCACAACCGCGUGCCCCGGAACGGCCAACAGGCGGCAGAGGCAGCGGCCCCCAGCCGACCCCAGGCCCUGCUGGUGGAGCCAUAUCUGUGCAUUGAGCAGUUCCGAAUCCCCCGGGACCGCCUUGUGGGCCGCAGCCGGCCGGGGCUCUACAGCCACCUCUUGGACCAGCUCUAUGAGCUGAACGUGUUGCCUCCGACCGCGCGCCGUAGCCGCCUGGGCGUUCUCUUCUGCCCGCACCCGGAUGGCACCGCAGACAUGCACAUCGUCAUCAACGGGGAGGACAUGGGCCCUAGCGCCCGGGGGCUGCCCGCUGCCCAGCCCCUCUAUGCAGUGGUGGACGUGUUUGCCUCCACCAAGAGUGUGCGUCUGGUUCAACUCGAGUAUGGCUCCUUCUUUCCACAGUGCCAUCACUGCAGACUCUGUGCCGCCUAGUGAUCCAGCGGAGUGUGGUGCACCGGUUGGCCAUUGAUGGACUCCAUUUGCCCAAAGGGCUUAAGGAUUUCUGCAAGUAUGAGUGAAGAUCUACAGCCACCCAGAGGACCCACAGGAGCACAUCCUGAACCCCAGACCUGUGGCUGGUCUGAAGCUGGCCACACUGCUGCCAAUCAGGGCCAGAAAUAAACAACUGAUGCUAACAUUCUGAUCAUUGGAGGGUCUCCUUGCCCCUGCAGCCUGUAAGAGGCACUUCUAGAAUCACUGCAAAUCAAGUCACAGCAAGAGAGCACACCAUCUAGACAAGGGGUUCCUAGGCUGAUCACUUGUUUGAGUUAACUGGGAUACUUAAGGAGGGCUGAUGUUCCAGACUCUCUGGAAAUUUUUCUUUGAUCCAGGGAUUAGGUCUGGCCACUGUUUUUUAUAAAAACUCUCUUGGAGGUAUAAUGGAUAGCCAGUGUUGAGAAACAUCUCCCUAGAACAGAUUUCAAUUUCGGUGCAUAUUAUAAUUGCUUGAGGGGGCUGAGGUUGUGGCUCGGUGGUAGUGCUUGCCUAGCAUGUGCGAGGCACUGGGUUUGAUUCGCAGCACUGCAUAUAAAUAAAUACCCACUGGCAACUAAAAA